ACUUAAUUGAAUUGCUCUCCAAGCUUUGCUAGCUAGCUUAAUAAGUUUGGUGAAUUGAUCAAUCCGCCGCGCCGUCGAUCAUGAGCUCCGGUAGUCCGAGUACUAGCGGAGCCGGUGGCGGUCCGGGAAGCGGGGGAGGCGGCGGGCCGUGCGGGGCGUGCAAGUUCUUGAGGAGGAAGUGCGUGGCGGGGUGCAUAUUCGCGCCUUACUUCGAUUCGGAGCAAGGCGCCGCCCAUUUCGCGGCGGUCCACAAGGUGUUUGGCGCCAGCAACGUCUCCAAACUCCUCCUCCACAUUCCUCCCCACAAACGCCCCGAGGCGGUCAUCACGAUAUGCUACGAGGCUCAAUCCCGCCUCCGUGACCCCGUCUACGGUUGUGUUUCACAUAUCUUUGCCCUUCAGCAACAGGUAAUAAACCUUCAGGCAGAGCUCGCAUACUUACAAGCCCACCUAGCAACACUCGAGGUGCAACCCCCGCCGCCGCCACCUCAUCACUCGAUGUUAGUGCCGCCGGCGGUCCUAAACAUGGCGGACCUCCCUGCUGGUGGCACAUCGAUGAUGAUGCCGCCAGUCAACGACCUCUCGUCGCAACUCUUUGACUAUUCCAUGGCGCAACACUCGCCGUGGAACAUCCACCACCACCAGCGGCCACCGGACCCCCGCCACACGAGGGUGGGCCCUACCGAGGUGCCAUCGUCGUCCAGCGGCGGCGGCGGCGGAGAUCUUCAAGAAUUGGCGCGUGAACUCAUGCAUAGGCAUGGGCUUGGCGGGUCUUCAACAGUGCCAUGCACGGCGGCUCCACCGCAUAGCAGCUAGUCGCCGAGAGUGAAACCGCAAAAGUUUUUUUUU